AUGGAGCACACUGAAGCUAAUUCCUCCAAAGACAGCGGUUAUUCUUCAGUGUAUGAAGAAGAUUCUGCUCUGGUAUUUAUUGGCACAGUUAUACUAUACACUAUCGGCGGCGGUGUUUCGUUUCUGGGCAUUUGGAGCAACAUCUUCAGCAUGAUCAUCUUUUACAAGCUUGGCCUCAAGGACAGCAUGUCUGUCGAAUUCUUCGCUCUCUCAUUUACCGAUCUUCUGGUGGCCUUAGUCCAGUUCGUUAGCUGUACUCUCUACAUAUUGGGUAUCCUUUAUCCAGACAGUUCUCUGGACAUUUGGUCACUGACAACUUUGGCCUUUGGGUAUACAAUGCUUUGUUUUUAUUUCACAUCCUGUUGGAUCACCACAGUGAUCUCAAUAGAGAGAUGUCUGUGUGUGGUCUAUCCGUUUAAAGUAAAACUGAUGUUUACUCGAUCUCGCUGCACCGGAUUAAUACUG